CUCCUGAUUAUGCAUAGUAGUUCAUGCUUCAAUCUUCAUGGCUCUCUAUUUCUUGUCGUUAAAUGUUAGUUCAUGGCUUAGGCUUAAUGCUAGUAGGGUCAGAUAGUGUACAACAUGGCUAGUAGGGUCAGAUAGUGUACUUCAUGCAAAUGAUUGAUUGUGCAUUGCAACAUGUAGGAUGUCAUCGGCGGCUUCCAAUCCAUCAACUCAACCAGCAGUGGACAAGCAACCACUUAAGCGGAAUAGCGAUGACAUAGGGUGGGAGUAUGGAACUAUUGUCAAUCCAAAUGAUUGGAAUGUCAUAAAAUGCAAGUUAUGUCCUAUGGUUGUCAAGGCUGGGAUUUAUAGGCUUAAGCUGCAUAUUGCUGGUAGAAAAGGGCAAGUCCGAGCAUGCCCCAAUGCAACUCAAGAGGAUAGAGACAAGUGCAGUAAAGCUCUUGAUGAUUCUAGGAAAGCUAAAAUAGCUAGGCUAACAGAAAAACAAGAGGUUAUUGAUGCAGUUGCAGAUGAGAUGGAUGUUAAUGAUGACACGGGCCUUGAUGACAUUGGCAGCUCUCAACCAAGGACAAUGGGUCCUAUGGACAAGUUCACAAUGUCUCUUGACUCCAAUUCUUUGGGUUCCACACAAAAAAACCUUCACCAACAAAAGAUUUCUGAACAUGUAAUGAAAGAAAGGUUGCAUAUAUUGAAGAGAUAUGUUGCUAGGUGGAUGUAUGUGCAAGGAAUACCUUUCAAUGCCAUAAACUGUGAUGAGUUUGACCAAGUGUUGGAAGCUGAUGGCCGCUUCGGUCCAGGUGCAAAGAAACCUUAUCAACAUGAGCUGCGGGAGAAACUGUUGCAUGAGGAAGUGGAGAAUACAAAGAAGAUGAUUAAAGAUCAUGCACAAGAAUGGGAAAAAACCGGUUGCUCUCUUAUGACUGAUGCUUGGACAGACCAAAAGAGGAGGAGCAUAAUGAACAUAUGUAUCAAUUCUGCCAUCGGUACAUAUUUUGUUGAGUCAAAAGAGGUUUCAGCUGAGUCACACACGGGGGAAAUGAUUUUUCAGUUUGUGGAUAACUUUAUUGAGAAAUUGGAUGCUGGUAAGGACCAUCUUGUGCAAGUGGUCACAGAUAAUGCAUCAAAUAAUAUGGCAGCAAAGGAUUUGCUUUAUGUCAAGAGACCCAACCUAUUUUGGACUUCCUGUGCAACCCAUACAAUUAACCUAAUGCUUGAAGGAAUUGGAAAGAUGAAAAGGUUCAAGAAUGUAAUUGAUUCAGCAAAAGGAUUGACCAUAUUUAUUUAUGCACACCACAACACUUUGUCUCUAAUGAGGAAGUUCACAAAGAAAAGAGAUAUUAUUAGGCCAGGUGUGACAAGAUUUGCCUCCGCUUUUCUCACUUUACAAAGCUUGUAUGAGAAGAAAGAGCAGCUAAGGAUGAUGUCCCAAAGUGAGGAAUGGUGUAAAAUUAGUCAUGUGAAGAAAAGUGCUAAAGGUGUAACAGCCACAGCCACAUUGGUGAAGCCAACCUUUUGGAAUGGUGUUUCUCUUUGUUUGAGAGUAUUUGAGCCAUUAGUUAAAGUUCUUCGCCUUGUUGAUGGAGACAUUAAACCAUCAAUGCCUUGGGUGUAUGGUGAAAUUCUUAAAGCCAAGGAAGAAAUUAGAGUGGCUGUAGGAAACUUAGACAAGACAGGGACUGGUUUGUACAAGAACCUUAUGGAAGUUGUGGAGGGAAAAAUGAAGAAAAGAUUGGAUUGUCCUAUUCACAUGGCUGCAUAUUGUUUAAACCCUUAUUAUAGCUACAAUAGUCCCUCAAUCUUUGACAAUGAGGAUGUGGUAGAUGGGUUUUAUGCAGCUAUUGAAACAUUCUACCAUGGUGAUUUUCAGAAGCAAAAUGAAGUGAUCAAUAAUGACUUUCACAAGUUUAAGGACAAACUUGGACAUUUUGGGAAAAAAGUAGCUUUGUUUGGCUGCAAGGAUCCUGAAUUCAAUCCAGCUAAGUGGUGGGCAAAUUAUGGAACACAAGUUCCAUUACUUCAAAAGUUUGCUGUUAGAAUUCUCUCUUUGACAUCAAGUGCUUCAGGUUGUGAAAGGAAUUGGAGCUGUUUUGAAGGGAUCCAUACAAAGAAAAGGAAUAGACUCACAUGUGACAGAGUUGACAAGCUUGUGUAUGUUAGAUUCAACCAUAUUCAUGCAAAGAGAAGAAUUAGAGCCCAAAAGAAUAAAAAGGCAGAUCCUCUUGUAGCAACCGAUGCAACUUUUGCUCAAGGAUGGAUGGUUGAUGGUGCUGAGAAGGAUGAAGAAGGGUCUGAUGUUGAGCCGGUGACCGGUCUCACAUGGAAAUUGAUUGCUGAGACAUGUGGUGCUGAAGAGGUCACAAAACUACGUAGGAGUGCAAGAUUGACUGUUGAAAGAGAGGUUGAAGACACACCGCUGUCUGAAACUGAAAGUGAAGAAGAAGCACCACAAGAGGAAGAUGUUGACUUUGAGUCGGAUCAAGAUGAUGUGAUCACAGCUAGAUAUGAGCUAGAUGCGGAGGAAGACAAUGAUGGCUGAUGGGAGGCUUUAGCUGCCAUCAUCUAUCUUAUAUUAGCACUAUCUAAUUAUCUUAUCUAUUUGUCUAUGUUGAAAAUGAACUUAUGGACUAUUGCUUUUAUGCUUUGUUUGGCAUUUGUGAGAACUAUUUCUAUUUGUGCUUUGUGAAAGUGUUUGUUCUCUA